GAUAUAUGGCGCAUAUUAUUUCAGGGGAUUGCCCAAGUACACGGAAAUUCCAUUCGCGGAUUUGGCAUAGUGCCUUCCUUUUGCACCUGCCACCCUCCCCUCCCACGUGAUCCCAGGAAUUUUGGUUCCGGUGUGUGCGCGUGUAGGAACGGAAGGUGUGCAACGGAUUCAUUCGUCGUGGCUAAGAACUCAGCGUACAUGUAUACGGUUGUUGUGUGUAACUCUUUCGGUGCAAUUGUGACUCUUCCGAGUGGCGCUAUCUUGGCACGAUGAGGCAGAUAAUAGUAGUUUUUGACAUUCAGAGGGUCUAACAAACUUCGUGACCGUGGAUUCUGAAAGCGGGAGGUUUGAGAUACAGUAUAUGUUUCGAAUCCAGAGAAGCACUGUAUUCAACAAUAAAAGGGUUGAUGGAUGUGGCACGCGGAUAGAUUUUCUUGAGGAAUCCCCUACGUCCGAUCGAAGGAGAUUUUUGGAGAAUGUCGUCGAAUGCAACGGCUAAAGCGUAUACCUUCAAGGUUGUGCUCCUUGGCGAAGGUUGUGUGGGAAAAACAUCUUUGGUGAUCCGUUACGUUGAAGAUAAAUUCAAUGAUAAGCAUGUAUCAACCCUUCAGGCCUCUUUCCUAUCUAAAAAGCUGAAUCUGAAUGGGACCAGAGCAAAUUUGGCAAUCUGGGAUACAGCUGGCCAGGAGAGGUUCCAUGCGUUGGGCCCGAUUUAUUAUCGAGAAGCCAACGGCGCCGUAUUAGUUUAUGACAUUACCGACGAGGAUUCAUUUACGCGAGUCAAAAACUGGGUGAAGGAAUUGAGAACCAUGCUCGGGAACAGUGUGUGUUUGUGCAUAGCUGGCAACAAAAUAGACUUGGAGCGUGGCCGUGUGGUGCCUAUCGAAGAGGCUGAAAAGUAUGCGAAAUCUGUGGGAGCAAAACACUAUUCGACGAGUGCUAAACUUAACCGAGGUAUUCAAGACGUUUUCCUUGAGCUCACGCAACGAAUGAUCGAGAGUGCUAAGGAGAAGGAAGAGCGAGGCGAAAGGCCUGGUUCGUUGCUUGGACAAGGAGGUCGCAACUCCGUUCAAGUCCUAAGCAGUGACGAAGAAGCUGCAGCAAUAGCCGAGAAGUCCGGUUGUUGCGGUUGAUCUGCGUCUUUGUGAGCAGUUGUGAUUGAACGGGCAAUUUUUUUUUUUCAUUCGAGUCAUUCUCAAUUCCGGAUUAUUCCAUUUAUGUGGAAGAAAAGUGUAUAUUUCAAAUCUUUGGUAACCGUUUGUGCUUCGUUUAAUCCCCGGUGGAUGUUGGAUGACGGUGUCCCUACAUAUUUUUGGAUGAGGUUUUAAGAAAUAUAACGUAUCGGAAAAGUUGGUGUGCUAUCAGACAUUUUUGAUUUACGUUAUUGGUUUGCCCGAUUUGUGCAUUAAAACGAUUUUUAGUCGCUAAGUGUAACAGAAUAUAUAUUCUGUCGAGUUAUCUCGAUUACGAUACGAUUCUGGAUUCCUCCUGUUUUUGUAUGAGUUGCUAGUCCUGAGACUUACUAAAAUGAAACUUCGAUUACUCGAGCCUUCCUAACUUCCUAAGUCAGAUAUCUUCGUAAUGUCAAUUUUUUCAAGUCUCUGUCUGAAUUCCCUGAGAAAAUGCAUUAUAAACCUCCCUAAACAAAGGUCUUCCUCAAACCCCCAUAACUCGAAUUUUCUGGAUGCCUAUUAUUUAAUAGGCAGGAAAAAGGUAGUGAAAGACUAAUUGGUCAACUAAACCCUGCCAACUCAUUGAAAAAGCAAUUUGAGGCGCAGAAUAUCGCCAAUUAAAAUUUCCUGUGAUUUUUCUCUAUUUCCCCGAACACAAAUGAUUGUUGCCCAAGCUCGAAUCCUCCCCGAAGUCGAAUUUUUGUUGCUGAUCGCUUGAAGUUUGACUUGAAGGAAUUCGACUAUGCAAGAAUUGAUCGAUUUUCGUGUAAUUCAGUGACGAAUUUUUGCACUUCGCCUGUUGCACGCAAGUUUUUCAGCAUCAACGCCUUCAUCAACAAUUCAUAUGCUGUUCUUCAGGCUUUACUCCCAAGAUUCUGCGCGCAUCGAAUGAUUUCCCGAUGGCUCACUGACUUUCCAAACACCUCAACCUUCAAAUGGUGAAUAAACAUUGUGCGAAGGUGUUGAAUCUGGAAGGAAAUUAAUCCCUGAAGGCAGCAUAUGAAGUAUUAUUGCACGAAUAUUUCCCGGAGCUUUAUCACGUGCCCUUGGCCUUGUCGAGUGUUUUACUUCCCCGUGCAUGGAGCCAGUAUUUUUCUUUAUUCUUUCACCCAGGACUACUUUGACUUGCUGAUGAGGCGAAGGUUCACGUUUGUCUUCUGUCUCCGUGUACAGUUCGAGACCGAUUGUUGCCAAGUCUCUUUAUGAUGCGUCUUAUUUUCAGGUGAUGUAUGGAAUUCGAAUGGAAGUGGCAUUCCUGGCUUC